AUGCAGCUCUCGAACACAAUCCUCGCAGCGUUCACUGCGGCCCUCGCCACGUUCAGCACAGGUGUGAACGCCAGAUGUGGACCCCGGAACGGUCUAUGCAGCGGAGAGCUCAGCUUCAGAUGCUUGGAUCAUUAG